ACCUAGAAACACGUUUGUUGCAAAGUCAAUAAUUUUCAUAAUGUCAAGUUACCUUGAGUAGUUGGAAUGCUCUAUGUGCAUUAGAUAGUUUACCACAAUGGAUAUUUUUUUCCUUUAAGUUUGUGCGAUUAAGAACUAUAUUAUGUACCGACAUGUUUAUAUACAUCAAAGUGCGUCGUAUAAAUAAUGUAACUCAACUGUGCAAGUCUUAAAAAGGGUAAUGUACAUAGAAUUAUAAUAUCAUAGUUUAGCAGCAAAUAAAUUCUGCUGUUUUCAAAUAAGUGAGGAUUGAAAUGUGAAAACGGAUGAGAUUAAAAAUGUUAAACUACCAAGACUGAAGAACUACAUUCUGGCUUGUUAAUGAAAAUAACAAGUUUUUUCAAUCUGGGCAAUACCACGCUAAAAUUUCUGACAUUCCAAAUUAUAAAUUUCCUCCAAUAACAAUUUCGUAUAUAUUCGAAUACUUCAUUCUUCUAAUAACACUAGAUACUGAAAAAACUUUAAAAAUCCCAAAAUGGAACCCAAUCUUGAACAUAGAAGCAGUCCGAAACCCCGUCCCCUAGAAAGGUCUUUGAGCUACUCCGAAGCCAUUGGCAACGAUUCCCGUCGCUCAUCCAUCCAGAUACCUUCAAUCAUGAAUACAGACGUUUACACCAACGAAGAACUAAAGAAACAGUAUCGUAUCUCUCAGACUUACGUUGAAGGGAAGGAGAUAUCUUUUCCAGCAGCCAGUACUAACGUUGAUACUAUAGAUUUAAAAGAUAUACCUUCAAGUGGAGAUGGCUUAGCGACAGAUACGUCUCAGUAUUCCAGUGAAGAUGAGGCCACAGACCAAGGGUUGACAAUGUCGAUUGACAUAGAGUGCACUAGCUAUCCUAGUAGCCCAAGAACAGAUGUAAAACCGUUUUCUGAAACAUCAACGGCUCUGGUUUGUUCAAGUAUUCCUACAGAUAUUUAUGAUAGGAUUGACGCAGCAGACAGUUUGUAUGAUGAGAGAGAUGGGGGACCUUCAGCUCAUGGCUAUUCCACGCCUUACAGCCGAAGAAAGAAGAAAGGUGGUAGACAUCGGCAAAGGCACGGCCGUAAAGUGCGCUCUCGACGAGUGGUGCAGAAAGGCGGAGAGGAGAACGUGCCCAUCCGUAGUAACAUCCCCGCUAAAUCUCUUAAGUAUAUGAGAGAUUAUGUCAAUACUGUGAUAAACAGCAAAUGGCGUUUCUUAAUCCUCCUCAUCCUGAUCUCGCAUUUUACUUUUUGGCUUCUAUUCGCCACGAUCUGGUACGUUGUAGCGCAGUCGUAUGCAGAUGACAUUGGCGAUGGAAGACAGCACUGUGUUAAUGGAACGUCGAGCUUCGCUGGACUCCUAAUGAUGUCCGUUGAAACACAGAUGACAAUCGGCUACGGCAUCAGAUUUCCCAACGAAGAAUGUCCCGAGGCAAUAGUUGUAAUGGUUAUAGAAAUCGUAGCAGGUACAGCAAUGUCAGGCGGACUGUCCAGUUUGCUGUUCACCAAACUCAUUAGACCAAACAAACAAGUGUCUUCAGUAGGAUUCAGCAAGAAAGCUACUGUGUGUCUCCGAGACGGCGAGCUGGUCCUGCAAUUCAGAGUUUGGGAUUUACUCCAUGUUCAUUUUGUGAGCAGUACUAUCACAGCUUACAUAUUAAAACCUAUUCGUACACUAGAAGGCGAGAUGGUUCAGAACUACAUCCACCAGCUGAAGCUGAAGCAAGCUAACGCCUUUCUGCUGUGGCCUAUCACAGUUGUCCACGUUAUCGACGCCGAGAGCCCGCUGUACGAUUUCUCGGCACAGGACAUGAUGGACUACAGGUUUGAAAUCGUAGUUACCCUAAAUGGAUCUUCGAAGAACAUGGGCACCGUGACUCAGAGCAGAACCUCGUAUCUUUCAAAGGAGAUCAUCUGGGGAUACCGCUUCAAAAAUGUUUUACGCUAUUCCAAAAAAAAAGAGAGCUACGUCAUCAACACAGAAAGGCUGAACAGCGUAGAACAGGUUGAAACUCCACUGUGCAGUGCAAGUCGACUCAAAGAAUUCGAAGAUGACAUUAAAUGUUCUAGAAACAUCCUUUCGUCACCCAACUUAUCCAUGACCAACGUAUCGUACAGCCAGGAGGAUUCCUCGACAUUGACCAACGUUGGGGGGUCUGUGGCAAGUUCGGCCAGCCUGAAUAGGACAGGAGGAACUCAAAGAAGCUUUGGAUGGAAGUUUAGAAAGUUCCAACCGGAGAAAUAUGUUGGCCAGAUCACUGAGUAAAAUUUGGUUUCACAUUCUAACUUUUGAAGCCUGACAUAGACUUUAACAGUCAUUGCAAUGGCGUUAGGGUCCAAAUUCUUCAGCAUUCUGAGGGAUAAUUCAAAAGCAGAAAUGGUGAUUAAAUCGAUUUAACUGACGUGUAGAUAAUUUAUGUGUUAUUCAAUAUUUGAAAACGAGGGUAAUUAAGUUCAUGAAAAAUA